CCGAGCGCCGCCCCGGCCCUCCUUUUUACUGGCGGUGCUGAAGCGCCGGGGAAGAAAGUCCUUUAGAAGAACACGGACUGCUCCGUCUCUGCCAGUUGCGCUCCAGCACCGUAUAACUCCCUGCAAAUAUGAUCUGAGAGUGCCAGAAAGCGCCCCGCAACUUCUCGUUUAGCAGUGUGCGAUCAGCUUGCUUCUCAUUCCCCAUGUAAACAAUACCCUGCGGAAACACUCCGCCCUCUUUAAAGGGCAGGAAGUGCCUUUGGGUCUUAGAGUGCUGCGUUGCUGUGUUGGUGUUUGAGACUGCGUGGCUUCUCUCGGGUUUAAAGCGUGAGAUGCUGACGUGAAUCCUCCCCUCUCCCCCCUCAUGCGUGGUAGCGAGGGAACUGUGGGACUGGUAGGAUUUAAAGAAGCAACUGAGUUCAAGGCUUUUUCAGUAAUCGUUGGGAAACUCAGUAAAAGCCCGCAUAAAUAAAGUAAUUUUAGGACGUAAUGAAAUUGAGGUGAAUUAAGGAAAACUUGCUGUAUCUAGGGUACUGUAUGUUGUCUUCUUUAAUUAAAAGUAGCAGUUAUAGACACUUGAGUAUCAAAAGAUUUGUUAAAUGCUAAUUUACCUGAAAUCGAAUAAUAUUAGUAGACAAGUCUUUCUUACUUGUAGUGCAGUCUUUUUAUUCAGGUCUUAGAAAUUAUGAGCACAGCCUUUAGUUGGACAGUGCGUUUUUUCUCCCCUUCUGCACAUGGAAAGUGUGUUCAUUCUGCACUUUGGAGGACUGAUAAGGAGUUGCUGUAAUCACUGAAUCCAGCAGCUGCAAAUGAUAUCUUACCAUUUUUGGGAGGGCUGUCAUAUUUGUGUGGAGCCCCACUGAAGUUACUGACUUUAUCUAUGCCUUCAGACUCCUUGCACUCUGAAGAUUGUAGGGCUGAGCAUUAACUUUAAAAUGCCUUUACUGUUCUGAUGCUCGUCUUAAAGUCUCUUCUGAUAAUUCCUAAUGCGCACAUGUCUGUCUGGUAGCAGACAACAGAGAGCUGAAUUAAUUACUUUUGUAAUUUUCCAGUAACUGGAUUUUUGCAAAGGACUGAAGAUAAACAACUGGCUUGAAAAUUUGCUUUAUACUGAUGUUUGUUACUUCAUCUGUAGUUUUUAUUGAGCAAUUGAACAGAUUUGCUGGCUUUGGUAUUGGCCUUGCAAGCCUGUUUACAGAAAAUGUGUUGGCACAUCCUUGCAUUGUUCUACGUCGUCAGUGUCAGGUUAACUAUCAUGCACGGAAUUACCAUCUCACGCCAUUCACUAUUGUCAAUAUCAUGUACUGCAUCAACAAGACACAGGGUCCAAGAGCUCUCUGGAAAGGAAUGGGCAGCACUUUCAUUGUUCAGGGCAUAACCCUGGGAACAGAAGGCAUCAUCAGUGAAUUUACACCUUUGCCAAGAGAGCUUUCACAUAAAUGGAACCUCAAGCAGAUCGGUGGACACCUUUUACUCAAAGGGUUAACACGUGUGAUAGCAAUGCCUUUUUAUUCUGCAAGCUUGAUUGAAACUGUACAGAGUGAAAUAAUUCGAGACAAUCCUGGCAUCCUGGACUGCGUGAAAGAAGGAAUUGGCAGAGUUGUAGGUUUGGGAGUACCCCAUAGCAAGCGUCUGCUUCCCCUGAUGGUCCUGAUUUUUCCCACUGCUCUACACGGAGUUCUUCACUACGUCAUCAGUUCCAUCGUCCAGAAGUUUGUCUUGUUUGUUUUGAAAAAGGAUAAUUCCCACAACCUUCCAACUGAGAGCUCCACUUCUGUGCAGAGCAUGCUGGAUGCGUAUUUUCCAGAACUUAUUGCUAGCUUUGCUGCUAGCCUUUGUGCUGAUGUCAUGCUUUACCCACUGGAAACAGUUUUGCACCGCCUUCAUAUUCAAGGGACACGCACAAUAAUUGACAAUACAGACCUUGGCUAUGAAGUGCUUCCAAUCAAUACUCAGUAUGAGGGAAUGAAAGACUGCAUAAAUGUUAUAAAACGUGAAGAAGGAAUGAAAGGUUUUUAUAAAGGAUUUGGAGCUGUUAUAGUACAGUAUACCUUGCAUGUGGCAGUUUUACUGCUUACCAAAAUUAUUUACUCAGCACUGCUUCAGAAUGUUUCUUAAUCUGUCCAAGUCUGGAUCUAGCACAUUGGACAUGAUUGAAUUGCUAACCUAGUUACUGUUUAAAUGGCUUAGAAAAUGAACUUUGGGGAAUCCACUCUGUGGAGGCUCCUUACACUGUAGAACAACUUGUUUUAAAAAUGGGGAUAUAGUUUCCAAAAUGUAAUUUAAAAAGAACUGUUUAAAAUUUACAGACACAAAUUAAAUAUGUCACGUGCAGUCAUACAAAGGGGAUAAGAUUUCAAAUGUGAUUGCAUUGAGGAUUUACUUUUCCUCUUAGUUCUCUGAUAGAAGGAAUGGAUAUGAAUUGUUAGUAUCUGCUUUAUAAGCAUCACAUCUGAUAUUUAAUAUGGACUGUUAUCCAGUUUAAAGGAAUUUAUUUUCUUAAGUUAUAAGAACUCGCAAGUAGGGGGCUGAUGGCUGUACUGGUCUUCUGAAAAUGUUUCCAGCUUCACUGUUAAUGGAACUGCGAGUGAAAUAGAAACUGUAAAAGUGACUUAAGUAGGCUUAAAUGUUUUUACAGGUACAUGGAAGAUUGAUUUUGCUGCAGUCUGGCAGAAGAUGACAAAUGGGAAUCUCUUGCUUUGUAUAAAAUAAUGAAAAAUUGGUGUGGGGCAAAGUUGCACCGAAUGCUGUCUUGCAGUUUGUUUGUAAGGCUUACAAUAACUGUGUCAAUAAAGCAAAAUAGAAACU